AUGGCGCCCGUUCUGCAUCUACCCAGCGUGAAAAGAGAGAAAAAGGAACGAGCUCGCUGUGGCCGGCGUCGACGAGCGCGUGUAUGGAGCGAUGCCUCGGAAUAUCAGAGCAUAUCCCGGCAAUCUCGUGGGAGUCCACGGGUCCGUCGCGUUCUCGCCCACCAUCCAGCUCGUGUUGUUUUGAGCUCAUGGACAAGGCUAGCCUUAUUUUGGUCCUAUGCCCCAAAGCAGGCGGAGUACAUGCGCAACAUGUACACCAAAAUUCUCCAUCAAGACCCUGACCUUGUACCGGCUUUAAAGCACAUCACCUGGCCCGCCAUGUCCUUCAACUAUGGCGGCAACGUGGUCACCAACAAGCACGUCGACUGCAUGAACCUCCCGCAGGGAUGGUGUGCCAUCUGGGCUGGGGGGGAUUACGACCCCACCCAAGGCGGUCAUCUCAUUCUCUGGGAACUCGGGCUGGUGAUUGAGUUCCCCCCGGGCUCAGUGAUUUUAAUCCCUUCGAGCAUUGUUCCCCAUGGCAACAUAGCAAUCCAGCCCAACGAGACCAGGGUUUCCAUGACGCACUUCUGCCCAGGGGGGCUGGCUCGCUGGGUUCAUGCCGGUUUUCGUCCUAUGAAGAGCCUGUCACAGGCUGAGCGACAGGAAGUGCAUGGGGGUGAAGGUAACGAGAGAUGGUCCAGCAUGGUCUCUUUAUUUUCAACCAUGGACACCCUUAUCUCAGACCGUGAAGCCUUGAAAAAGCGAUGA